GCUUCGGAGUGUCGGACAUAUUCGCCCUCCUGGCAACGAAAACUCGGUAUCCAGGUUGUGGAAGUCAGCACGUACAAAACCUAUUUGGAAGUGGCUGAGAAGAAGAGUCGCGCCGGUUCGCGCGCGCGGCGUGAGAUGAAUAGUGAUCGGUAAUCGGAUUGUUGCGUGGAAGGCAAGCAAAAGAAAGGAGACGCAACGAGAUGGCGACCUCGAAUGCGACCUUCCAGAGAAUGCUGAAGGCGUUGCGAGAUAAUAACAAUACCAGGGACAAGCGCGAUGCUUUGCUCUAUAUCGCCAGUCAAGCUAGAAAGUUAGAGACAUGUGGUAUUAUUAAAGAAGAACGAUACAAGGAUUUAUUAAAGCUGGUUAUAGAAUCGUUCACAAAGAGCGAUGGAACCUUUCAAAUUGAAGCAUUGGCAGCAUUCAAUACCAUCAUGCAUGAGUUUCGUACACAUUCUUUACAUCUUUUUGAAUCAAUGCUACAGACAGACUUAAAAACAAGAUUAAAAAUAUUCAAACUGUUGGAGGUAUUAGAUGACAAUGCUAUUUCUGCAGCUGCUAAUGACGGACAAGCUCUAAAUUUUUUUAAGAGCUGCUUGAUUAAUAUACAGCCUACUUUAAUGGAAUGGUUAACACCAACAGCAUGUGUGGAUAAUUUGCAAAUGUUGACAAAGAUUGAACAACAGCUUUUAUCGGAUGAACAAAAGCUAGAGGAAGAAGUAAACUAUAGUGCACUUGCUCUUUUGAGAAGAUUGUACAGAAUGGCUUCUAUAACAUUUGAUCAAAGUGUUCAAAAGUUUGAUACAUUACUGAUGGAUAAAGUUGUAACAUUGGCCUAUAUGGGACACAAGCGCCAGCGGGGUCCCGCUUUGAAACUUUUGCAACAAGCUCUUACAACAAAUUCGUCAGCUCAUAUUUGUAAAGAGUAUCCUGAUAUAUGGACACAAUAUAAGACCAAUUUACAAUCUGCAUAUUACAAACGCAUGUUGCUGUUAGUAGCGGCAUGUGAACUGGAUUGGACUACACAAUGGAACACUACUAUCCAAUUCCUUGGCACAGAUCUUCAUCGUGGUGCUAAUCUUAUAAAUAAUUUACUGAGUGUCGAGGAAAAGGCCUUCAAGUCUACUGAUCCUAUUAUACGCAGACAAGCUUUUCUUUCGUGGAGAUUAUUGAUUGACAAUUUCGCUUUAGAUCAUCAAGAACUUGCUACUGCUAGAAGAAUAAAAUUACUCUGUAUUCCACUAAAUGCAAAGAAUAGUAAAACUGAAUUAAUUGCAUUGACAAAACUAGAAGUUUGGUGGCAUUUAAUUGUUAAAUUGUAUAGAGAUAUUGAGAAAUUUGCUACUCCCGUUAUCACACAAUUUUUAAAUUAUUGCUUUGGACCACUUGGGGAUACACCAUUGCUUUCUUCCAAAUUUGACGUUGUUGCUUCUCCAGGCAAAAGAUUUUUUAAAACAAAAAUGGUUGCUGUGGAUGCUUUGGGUCAAUUACUUGUCGCAAAGGAAGAUCUUGUUUCAGUUUGUUCUCCAAUGUUAGAAGAAAGACUUCCUCAUGCUAUAUCUUAUGAUGUAUUUCGAGAAUGUUCCAAAAGCAUUAUUCAUAGUAUAGCAGAGGCCUUGCUCAUUCUUGGUCAAAUUACAGAUAAAGAAAUGAAAUAUCGUUUUCAGCUUGGUAAAACGCUAUGGACAAGUUUGAUGAUAUAUAUACGAACUGUUAAACUUACAACAAAGGACCAUUUGUAUAGAGAUGUGAUAGUAGUUGUAACUGAAUUGGGAAACCAUAUAGACAAACUCAUGGUGAGAAAUAUGAUAUUUGAUGUAGUUUUGCCAAGUCUUAAUUGCAUUAUCGAAAAAACUGAAUUUCAUGAUAAUGCAUUGCCAGAACUGGUAUUAAAAUUGUUAACGUCGCCAAUACUCGAUGAAGUGUUGUCACACAUUUUAUUCAAGAAUCAAGACAGUAAUACAAUCAAGUGCCUUCUGGAGCGAUGUGUUAGUUCAGAAUUUUCAUAUUCCUCAGGUGUGCUUGGGUUUCUAGAAACAAUAAUGGAAAAUUUGAAAUCAGUAUAUAUUAACAAAAAGAGUACUAAAGAAUCAGUUUAUAUAGAUUUAUGGUGUAUAAUAGCAGAAAUUUUUACAAAAUACAUAAGAAGCACUGAAAUCAAUGGUGAGGAUAACUUUAAAAUUAUGUUAUCAGUUUUAUCAUUUCCUGUAUAUCUGGACGAUAUGACGCAGGCUCAAACGAAUCAAUCAGUAAUAGUGUGGAAAACUAUGUACAAAGAAGUCGAAUUGCAUUCGGAUUUGGUAACUACAAUGAAACCAAAUAAAAUCUUACUCGAUACUGCAAACAUGAUGCGGAAUUGUUUAAGUACAAAUACAAAAUGUUGUACUUUUAUUGCAAACUGCUUAGACAUCUUAUUGGGCACUGUUAAUUACGAGUCUUUGUUGACUCAAGAUGAAAUUCCAUCCAUUUUACUAUUAAUAACAGACGUCAUAACAGAUUCUGUUAAUGUAAACACUCGUAACACUAUAAUCGCUCUAAAAGCAUUAACAGCUUUACUUAGUACCAUAUAUGGACAUAGUCUGCAAAAAAUAACGUCAUAUCUAUAUAGUUGUAAAUCAGUGAUGGAACUUAUACUUUCAUCGAAAGUAGUGGGGUUGGUUAAAGAAGUUACAGCCACAUGGGAAUGUAUUGUCAGUAUUUUUAAAGGACUAAAAAAAUUAGAUCACGAACUCUUAUCGUCGUACAAACACGCAAUUGUAACAGCCUUGCAUCAUACUAAUUUAAAUAUAAAAUAUUCGGCACAAUCUAUUUUUAAAAUUAGGAAUAACUUGGACAGUACCGCUAAAUGCAUUUUAGAUGAAAUAGAAAAACUACAUACAGAAAAACUAAAAGAAAAAUCUUAUAUAAAACCUGAUAUGAAGAAAAAGACACAAACAGGAGAUACAAAGGAGAUGCAUAUAGUCGGAAGUUUUUUGAAUAAAAAGUCAAAUAUCACAAAAUCAGUAUCCAGUAAAUCAUCUGAAAAAAGUGAUAAAAAUACACUUGUAGUACCUGAACCCAAUUCGCAAGAUUAUGUGUAUAUAAAAACAGAUCUGAAAUUUGAUGUUAAUCGUUUGACUGAGCAUCAAAAAGAAACUUUGAAGAGGAAAAGAGAUGAUAUACCGGCAUUAUAUAAUGAUCUUUCUCAAUCAUCCUCGCAAAAUUCUCAAAAUUUGCAACAAUGGUUUGAUAUUAAAGCCAAAGAGAUUAAUGAAAUCGAUAAAGUCAACAAUAAAAAGAGCGAUUCUACAAUGCAGAAAGCCAUUGAUAAUGAUGCUAAUAAGGAAAAUAAAGUUACAGAUAAACAAAUAGAACUUUCUAAUGUGACAGAUAAAACAGCUGAUAAUGUUUGUAGUAACCAGUUGGAAAAUAUUGAGGAAAAUACUGUCGAGAUUAAGCAAAAUGAAAAUGCAAUGAAAAAAUUGAAAAUCGAUGAAUCUAACGAAAAGCAGGAUACAUCAAAACAAACGAAUUUGUCUUCACAUGUAGCAUCUACCAGUGAAAAAGAUACUACAUCAAAAGUAGAUGAAAAUGAAGAUGUUAUAAUGACAAUAGAAUCUGUUCCAAAAAAAUUGAAUUUUGAAUCUCGGGAUGAGUUUCCCGAAGAUGAUAAAAUGCAUGAAGAAAAAUCAUCUCCGUCAGACAGUACUAAACGACGAAAUCGUAAUAGCAUGACAAAAUCAACUUCAUUAAAAGACGAUGAAACUGUCGAAACUCAAAAAGAUUCAAGUAUAACAAAUAUACAUAGAACAUUAAGAAUGAAGACUACUCAGGGGAAACCUGGUACAAAUAGUAAACAGAAGUCAGAUGAUGACACCGAUAUUAAAGAAAAUGUUAAUGAAAAUAAGAAAGGCAUUAAACGUAAGUUGUCGGAUACUGAAUCAGAUACUGGAAGCGCUCAACGUCGAAAACGAAAAUUAAUUACAUUUAAAAGCGAUAAUAGUGGUGAAUCAUCGAGAAGUAAUGACAUUUUUCCUGACAUAAAUAUGGAUAAUGUGAGUCAACGUGUAAAAAAUGAAAUAUCUCGUUUAAAGAUUGAUAUGGUAUUUGACUGUCCUGCAAUAAAUCGCCGUCGAGUCAAACAUUUGGAUGAAGGUGAAACGGUAGUACAUGGAUUAAGGAAAUACGGGAUACCUGAUAAUAAGAGCUUUAAAUUGAAAUCCGUCGUAGAUGCGAAAUCUGCUGAUGGAUCAAAGAGAUCUCCAAAAGCGCAGGAGAGAAAUACAAAAGAUGUAGAUGAUACAGAUCAAAUCGCUAAGAGACGAAGUAGACGAAGCAAACAAGAGCCUAAUAAAAAUGAUUUGGAUGUUAAUAAAGAUAUUAAUAAAGAAAUUAACAAAGACAUUAAUAAAGACGUCAAUAAAGAUAAAGAUGUUAAGUCCAAUGAUAUUACUGAUAAGGUAUCUGAAUUUAAAAAUGUUGAUACAGGUAUGACUCGUUUAAUUUCGACAUCCAGUCAAACUGAUAUUAGUGAAACUGGAAAAUAUAAUAUUAGUGAAGAUGAAAGACGUGAAGAUAAUUUGAAAUCUAACUCAAACGUAAGACUUGCGAAACUAAGCAAACAGAGUCAAGAUGAAAUCGAAGAUGUCGUUGAAAGUUCGCAAGCUCCUAACGUCAGUUUAAAAUUAGAUAAAAUAUGUAGCGAAAAACAAUGUUUUAUCAAGAUUGAUAAAAUGACUAAUGUCUAUGCUACUAAAACUUCUGAUGCGAUGGUUGAUAAAAAUUAUGUACCUGAAUCUGUUCCCAUAGAUUGCGAUGAUAAUGAUGUAUCUGAUCCAUGUGACGAAUUAGAUGAAACUAAUCCUGACAGUAAUACAGAAACGAAAAACGAAGAAAACACAAAUAACACAGAUAAAGACUCGGUUGAGAAAACUGAUAAUUCUAAUAUGAAUUUAAUUUUAGAAGAUCAAAAAACAAUUGACAAUUCAUCAUCGAUUAAAUCUACAAGUGUAAUUACCUUUUCUUCGCCAAGAAGUAAUAGCAAAAUAUUUUCUAAACCGAAACCUUUCACAGGGCGUGCUGCUCAUAUGCUGGGUUUAGUCACGAAUCAGGCGCUACUCGAAAGUGAUAACCCUGUUGUAUUAGAGGAAGAAUCAUCCGUAAAAAAAUUGAAAACGAAGGAUACAGAGAAUGAAAUAUCAACAAAUAAAAAGACAUCCGUGAUUAAAGAAAUAGAUAAAAUAGGUGGGCCUUCUGGCAGUCGGCAAGAAAAGAUUUUCAGCAAUAUGAGAUCGACUGAUUAUUCCGCAUCUUCAUCGACACAUACGUUCACUACUUUGAAAAACGAUGGCGAGAAGCUUUCAUUUAAAUUGAAUGCAUCAGAUUCCUUAUCAACGGAAAGUUCAGCUGACAAAGAAAAUGAAAGAAAUGUAUCAUUACAUGAAAAGGAGGAUCUACCAAUACUGGAAUGGUCAAGUGCUAAUCCACCUUCUUUAACCGCAUCUCCAAGUGCUAGUAUUCUUAAACGUAAUCGGUCAAGUCUACCAGAUUUUAAAUCUGGUCAUGAAUCAGAUUCAGAUAUUUCAACUUCUAAGUUACAGCGAAAGCGAGUUAGUUUUGCAGAUCCUCCGGUGUCAAAAGAAAUGGGCUAUGAAAUCACUACUGCACAAAAAACGAUUAAAUAUUCAAUGACACGUUCCAUGCCGAAGAAGGAUUCUCCGAUUAAGUUCAAGCAAACCAAACUUAAACUUGUAUCAUUUGAUGACGCAGAGAAAAUGAAUGAGGAUAAUAUUCAGGAUGAAAACAGUACUGAAACGGCGGAGGUCGAGAAAAAGAAUGAAUCACUAAUUAAUAAAAUAUCUGAAGCAUAUGCAGAAGCUAUGAAUAUUGAUGAACAAAUACUUGCAGAUUCUCUAGAAAGUAGUAAUAUUAUUAAAACAAAUUUUUGUGCGAGGAUUGAUGUUGUCCAUGAAUUAGAAUUAGCACAGGAAAUUGAGACAAUUACGAAUCCAAUUAUCUCAAAUCAAGAUCAACGAUCUUUAUCGUCUGAAAAUUCUGACAACACUUCGCCGAUAGAUGUCAGAACGGAAGAUACUGAAACGCAGCAAGAUAUCUUUGAUGGGAUGAAUGCAAAGAUUAAUGUCACGAAUGAUCAGACGAGUAAUAAUCAGACAAAUAAUAAUCAGACGAGUAAUGAUCAAUCGAGUAAUGAUCAGACGAGUAACAACAUAAAUAUGGUCAUCCAGAAUAAUUCGGUAGAUUCUAUCAAAUUGAAUGUGACUGAUGAUUCUGUGAUAGACGCUUUACCCAAUAAAGACGAUAAUCUGAUAAAUAUGGAGGAUACUGUAGACAUCCAGAAUAUCACCGAAUUAAAUUCUACUGUAAAUGCAGACGAGAUAUUCUGUGAAAAGCCGAUACGCAGCAGUACGCAAGCGAUAGAAAACUUGGCGGAACAGGAUACUUUAUCAGUAACGGACUCCAUAUUUGAGAGUUUAUCCUCGACACAAGACCCUCAAAACCAAGAGAUUACAAAUAAUACAGAACUUGAUCCUGAAUUUUUUGAUUCCACGCAUUCAAUUUAUCCAACAUUAUCAUUAUGCAUGGAACCUAUCAAUACUAUCAUUGAACGAUUGACUUAUCCUCUUUGGAAAAAUCAUCUAAUUACAUACUUUGCAAACAGAGAUAUGCACACAAUUGGUGAUUUUGCUCGGUUAUCGGAACGCGAAGUUGACAGAAUGCCCGUGAAAGGUAAACCAAAAACUGAAUUUGUGAAGAAGGUAUUGGAGCAGUUUGAAAGUACAUAUAAACAAACGGAGCCUUCCGAUAACGAGUCAAAUGAAGUGAAGCAAUUGCCUAUUAAGACGAUGGACGAAGAGUUAAUCGUACCAAUCACUUUGAUAUCUGAUGUUGAAACAGGAUCUGCAACAAAUAAUAAUGAAUUUUUAACUUGUAGUAUACCAUUUAUCCAGCCCGCCGAGAAUGUCUCGGAUAAUUUGUCGAGAGAGGAUUCUACAGAAGACUCGGAUAAAACAGAAUCUAUCACUAGUGAUAUAGAUAUUUCACUGGAACCCGUAGUUCCAGAUAAUCCUGAUUUGCCAAACUUAGAUACUAUGAAGAAGGAUGAACAAACAAGCGCGAAGAUAUCCAUCAUUGCUGAAAUUUCAAAACCUGAAAUGUCUACAGAUAAUGUCGAAUCUGUGCCAAUUCCUUCAUCAUCCUCUGAAAUCAUAACUACGAGCCAAGAAGCAUUAUCUUCAAAUGCCAGUCUGGACAUAUCAAAAGAUCCUAUCGUAUCUUCAAGUGCAAUUGAUGAACUUCUAAUCACGCACUCUUCCAUUGGUACCAGUACUGAUGAAGUCGGUUCCACUACGUCGACUGUUCAAAAAUCCACGAAAUCUGUUGCGUCUCAAAUGACGCUUGCAGAAUUGCUGGACGAAAUCGACUUAAAUCAGGUGAUGGAAAGCGCAGUUAGAAGAUGCAGUCCCGAAGCAAUUCUCCUACAAUAUAAGGUGAAGAUGGCACAUUUGAAGGAGGGAGAACUAUUGAAGGAAACGAUCAAAAUGCUCGGCUUGCAGAAUAAACAACAAGUCAACGAGGCAUCGUUAAAAGCAGCCUGCCGUGCGUGUGGCGUUAACAAAGUCCUUCUUAAAUUGCCUGACAUUUUUAGCCAUGACAAACAAUUCUUUGAUAAGGUGCUCAAAGUAUAUAGCAAGAAACUCAACAUAGCCGAGGGCCUAAACAAUUUGGACUUUGAUGAAUUAAAAAGCACAAUCUGUCAAAAAUGCACAUCGUCCCAAAUCAUUGAGAUACUAUCAGAGAAGCUAAAGCAGGAAGAAAAAGAAGGUAUCAAGCAAUCCAUGCCGGAAUUGUCGAGUUUGAAUGCUAUGUUACAAAGAUUGCCGAUGGACGUAAUUAUUAGUCAUACUGUAGCAAAUGAGGAACUUAUUCCUGCGCCAGUAGUUCUCGACAUUGCUUUGCAGAAUAACAGCUCGGGAGACAUAGCGCAAGCGUUAAAGCAGUCCCCCGUUAUGACUAAACGCAUUUUAGACGAACUGUGGACGUCCCAAUUCACAAUUGCGCAUAUUGAAGAUGAUGACGUAUCCAAAGAGAGUUUACUUAAUAUUUUUAAGAGCAUAUGCUCUAAACUAUCUACGCAAGAAUUACUAGAUGCGUAUCAUGAGGCUAUGACGAAUAAGCUUAUCGAACUGAAGAAUGUAAAGGAUCUUAAGGACGAGAAAAAAUAAAUUGAAUCGACAAAUAUUUCAGUUUAAGUAUUGUAUUUCUUAGCUACAACUGGCAUUCUCCUUUAAAAAAAAAAGCAGCCAUUUCCAAGGAUUGUGGUACAUUCAGUUGAAUUCUCAUGAAAGAUACAUCUUUUCAGAAUUUUAAAUUGUGUUAUAGGAAUAUAUAGUUAUAUAGAACAAUUGGUGAAUAAGAUAUCUGCUCAUUGGUAAUACGAGAAUUAAGAACAACUAUUUUUUAAUCGAUUGUACUAUAACUGCAGUACAACUUGUGUACAUAUACAUAUAUAUAUAUAUAUAUACA